AUGCUGCGCAGGCUCACCCUCGACCAGAUCAAUGACUGGUUCACCAUCGGCAAGACAGUGGCCGAUGUGGAGCUGCUGGGCCUGCCGCCCGCCCUCCCGGCCGAGGCGGCCCGGGACAAGGCGCAGCGCAGGGAUGUGGCCUCCGGCGCGCGCCCCGAGGCCCAGGCCCAGGCCGGGCCGGCGGCGCCCGGGAGGCCAGUUUGCUCCUUUGAGAAGCCACUAAGCCAGAAGAGCUCGGAAACGGGGUAUAUUAGCAAAUACAGAAAACUUGAAGCACAGGAGUUUGAUAUGUACGGCAGUAAUCAUCCAACCAGUAGGCCAGGUCCGAGGCCACCUUUAGCUAAAUCAAGCAACGUGGUAUGCGUCCCAGAGACAACUUACAAAUAUCCUGAUUUGCCUAUAAAUCGAUGUAAGGAAGAGGUCAUCUCUUUGAUAGAAAGUAAUUCCGUGGUCAUCAUACACGGUGCCACGGGCAGUGGGAAGAGCACUCAGCUCCCACAGUACAUCCUGGACCAGCACAUCCAGCGCUCUGCCUACUGCAACAUUGUGGUCACCCAGCCUCGGAAGAUCGGGGCCAGCAGCAUCGCCCGGUGGAUCAGCAGAGAGCGCGCCUGGACUUUGGGCGGCUUGGUGGGCUAUCAGGUAGGGCUGGAGAAAAUAGCAACAGAAGACACCAAGUUGAUUUAUAUGACGACCGGAGUCCUGCUUCAGAAAAUAGUCAGUGCCAAGAGCUUGAUGGAGUUCACGCACAUUUUCAUCGAUGAAGUACACGAGCGAACUGAAGAAAUGGAUUUCCUGUUAUUGGUCAUCCGCAAACUUUUAAGAACAAAUUCACGUUUUGUGAAGGUGGUCCUGAUGUCAGCCACCAUCAAUUGUAAGGAGUUUGCAGAUUACUUCGCUGUUCCUGUUCAGAACAAGUUGAACCCUGCUUAUGUUUUUGAGGUGGAAGGAAAGCCCUAUUCAGUUGAGGAGUAUUACCUUGAUGAUUUGGAGCCCUUUCAUCGUAGCAGGCUUUCUCCUCAUCUCCUGGAGGAGCCAGUGAUAACGAAGGAUAUCUAUGAAGUUGCUGUCUCCCUGAUUCAGAUGUUUGAUGACUUGGAUAUGAAGGAGAGUGGGACCAAGACCUUGCCGGGCGCCGCAUUUAUGUCAGAGCGGAGCAGUGUGCUGGUGUUCCUGCCAGGUCUGGGUGAGAUAAACUAUAUGCAUGAACUUCUCACAAACAUGAUUCAUAAAAGGUUACAGGUCUAUCCACUCCAUUCAAGUGUGACUUUGGAAGAACAGAAUAACGUGUUUCUAAGUCCAGUGCCUGGGUACAGAAAGAUCAUUCUGUCCACCAACAUCGCAGAGAGCUCUGUCACCGUUCCAGACGUCAAAUACGUUAUAGAUUUUUGUUUGACCAGAACCCUGGUUUGUGAUGAAGAUACGAAUUAUCAGAGCCUGCGGUUGACUUGGGCCUCUAAAACCAGCUGUGACCAGAGGAGAGGCCGUGCUGGACGAGUGUCUAAAGGAUACUGUUACAGACUCGUACACAGGGACUUCUGGGGCAGCUCCAUCCCAGACCGCGCCGUUCCCGAGAUGUUGCGCUGUCCGUUGGGAAGCACAAUAUUGAAAGUGAAAUUACUUGAUAUGGGUGAACCGAGGGCUCUGCUGGCAACGGCCCUUUCUCCGCCUAGUCUGAGUGACAUUGAACGUACCAUCCUUCUGCUAAAGGAGGUUGGAGCACUUGCAGUGAGUGGGCAGAGAGAAGAUGAAAACCCCCAUGAUGGUGAAUUGACCUUCUUAGGAAGAGUUUUAGCCCAGCUUCCUGUUAAUCAGCAGCUUGGUAAACUCAUAGUCCUGGGACAUGUGUUUGGCUGUCUAGACGAGUGUCUUAUCAUCGCGGCAUCUCUUUCUUUGAAGAAUUUUUUUGCGAUGCCUUUUAGGCAGCAUCUUGAUGGAUAUAGGAACAAAGUGAAUUUCUUUGGCAACAGUAGGAGUGACUGUAUUGCACUUGUUGAAGCAUUUAGAGCUUGGCGGACUUGCCGACAGAGAGGCGAGCUGCGGCAUCCGAAGGAUGAACUUGACUGGGGACGGUUAAAUUACAUUCAGAUCAAGAGAAUUAGAGAGGUGGCUGAAUUAUAUGAAGAAUUGAAGACUAGAAUCUCACAGUUCAACAUGUAUGUGGAUUCCCGGCGGCCUGUCAUGGACCAAGAGUAUACGUAUAAGCAGCGAUUCGUCCUGCAGGUGGUACUGGCAGGUGCUUUUUAUCCAAAUUACUUUACUUUUGGGCAACCUGAUGAAGAGAUGGCAGUGAGGGAGCUGGCGGGCAAAGACCCUAAGACAACCAUCGUGCUGAAGCACAUUCCUCCCUAUGGAUUUCUCUACUUUAAACAACUGCAGUCUCUCUUCAGACAGUGUGGCCAAGUCAAAUCCAUUGUGUUUGAUGGUGCAAAAGCCUUUGUGGAGUUUUCACGGAAUCCAACAGAGAGGUUCAAAACUCUUCCUGCAGUGUAUAUGGCCAUUAAGAUGUCUCAGCUGAAAGUCUCCCUUGAACUCAGUGUUCAUUCCGCAGAGGAGAUUGAGGGGAAGGUGCAAGGAGGGGCUGUUUCCAAGCUCAGGAACACAAGGGUGAAUGUGGACUUCCAGAAGCAGACAGUUGAUCCUAUGCAAGUCUCAUUUAACACGUUAGACAGAUCCCGGACGAUUACAGAUCUCCUCUUAACAGUUGACGUUACAGAGGUGGUGGAAGUGGGACACUUUUGGGGAUAUAGGAUUGAUGAGAAACACGCAGAGAUUCUGAAGAAGCUUACUGCCGAAAUCAACCAUCUGAAGCUGGUGCCCUUGCCCGUUCACCCACAUCCAGACUUGGUCUGUCUGGCUCCUUUUGCUGAUUUUGGCAAAGAAAGCUACUUUAGAGCGCAAAUCCUUUAUGUUUCUGGAAAUUCUGCUGAGGUGUUCUUUGUGGACUACGGGAACAGGGCGCAUGUGGCGCUGGGGGUCCUGAUGGAGAUUCCCUGUCAGCUUCUUGAACUUCCCUUUCAGGCUUUGGAGUUUAAGAUUUGCAAGAUGCGCCCAUCUGCGAGGUGUCUGGUGUGCGGUGAGCACUGGAGCGGAGAGGCCAGCCGGCGCUUCUCCUCGCUGGUCAGUGGCCGCGCCCUGCUCGUGAAGGUCUUCUCCGUGGUGCACAGUGUCCUCCAUGUGGAUGCCUACCUCUCCUCGGGGCUGCAGGACACCAUCAACGUGCGAGACGUCCUCAUCGAGGAGGGCUACGCGGAGCUGGCUGAGGAGCCCUAUGAGUCCAAGCAAAGCCAUGAAGUUCUCAAGGGUCUCUUUUCCAAAUCAGUAGAAAAUGUGACAGACUUGUCCGCCCCCCUGAAAGAUGACGAAAAGUACCUGAUCCGGAUUUUGUUAGAGAGCUUUGCUUCCAAUAAACUGGGUAACCCAAACUGCAAGGCAAUAAUUCACGGACCUUUUAACCCUUAUGAACUGAAGUGUCAUAGUCUGACCAGAAUAUCCAAGUUCAGGUGUGUUUGGAUCGAGAAGGAAAGCAUCAACUCCGUCAUCAUCAGCGACAGCCCCGAGGACCUCCACCAGAGGAUGCUGGUGGCGGCUUCCCUUUCGGUGAACGCCACCGGGUCCACCAUGCUGCUGCGGGAGACCUCGCUGCUGCCGCACGUCCCUGGCCUCCCCGCGCUGCUCAGCAUGCUGUUUGCGCCAGUCAUGGAGCUCAGAGUUGAUCGAGAUGGCAAAUGCUAUACUGGAGUCCUCUGUGGUUUGGGGUGGAAUCCAACCACCGGGGCCCCUAUCCUGCCGGAGCAUGACAUGGAGCUCGCGUUUGACGUGCAGUUCAGCGUGGAGGAUAUCGUAGAGAUUAAUAUUCUCAGAGCCGCUAUUAACAAGUUGGUGUGUGAUGGACCAAAUGGAUCGAAGUAUCUUGGGCCAGAAAGAAUCGCACAGUUACAGGAUAACACCCGGCAGAAACUUCUAGCUUUGUUCUGUCAGUUGAAACCAAGAGAGAAAAUUGUUCCUAAGUGGCAUGAAAAGCCAUAUGAGUGGAAUCAGGUUGAUCCGAAGCUGGUGAUGGAGCAGGCAGACCAGGAGAGCAGCAGAGGGAAGAACACCUUUCUGUACCAGCUGCACAAGCUGAUCGUCCUCAGUUCCUAGAGGACCACAGGCUGUACCCAGCCCUCCUGGGGGCUGUGGAGGCCCAUUAAAGUCUCCAUCU